AGCGAUAAAAAAAAACAUCCUUGGACGUAGCUUCACAGUCCUCUCUCUGGUAAUAAUUUUGAGAUUUUUAAAAGAAGCGGUCGUUGAGGCCUCUUCUUCUCUUCCAUGGACACCGAUCCAUCUCCUUCUCCUUCUCUGACGAUCCAAGAACCAACCCCCACUGAUCAUUCAAAUCCAGCGGUGGAGAAUGAUUAUAACCUUAAACCCACAUACACAAAGAAGAAGAAAAGAAUCUUUAAAGACACAACCAUAAAGCCGCCGCCGCCUUCGUCAUCUUCUUCUUCCUCUGUUACUGCCUCUAUGAAUAGAAGUUCGCACGUAGCAUACAAACGACGAAGCCCCAAGGUGGUUUUUGCUCCGCUUAGGCACAGGGGCGGUGUAGGGGAUGGUAAUGUGGAGGCUAUUGCAUUACAUCUUGGGAUGUCUUUUGCUGCUGUUGUUGCUCAGGUUCUGGAGAGGAAAGAUGCAGCAGGUGAAAGAUUGUCUGUUGAUCAUCUUUCAAUGAUCUGCACUUCAGCUGUCAGAGAAUCUUUAGCCAGUGUCUUUGGUGACAAAUUUGAUUUCUUUGCAAGAAAUUUUCAGAAUUCAUUUGGGAGCACAUUGAGUACUCUUAGAUUGAUAGAUGAAUCCUCUAUCAACAAGAGACCACCUGCCUUAAUCCACCAGAACCUAGAUAUUUCUGCUCCAGACAGGACUCCCAAUAAUAGUGUUGGCUGUGCCAGUAGCACCGGUAUCAAAGAUUGUGACUCAGAAACAGACUUGCCCGCUACUUUGACUGGGGAUCAAAUACAUAUACUUGAAAAGGUAGAAGAGAACAUAUCCGUGGGUUGCUUGGGGCAAGAACUUGCCCUUCACAGACAAACCAACCAACUAGCCUGUGCUCCUAGCUCAUACCCUGUAAUUAACAUGUUUAGCACUAUUGAGAGAUCCGUUGUCGAGCAAGCCCGUUCUAAUGACCUGAAGGAAAUAGAGAUUGGUCUUGCAAUGAAAAAAUUGAAGUUGGAAGAGGAGUUGUUGAAUCUCACCUCAGAAUCAAAUUAUCUGGGGAGAUCAAAAUUAGUAAUGGGCAUGUCAAAGGCAUCCUUUGAAGUUGACAAGUUCAAGACUCAAUUAGAAGACACAAGGCAUGCUGAGCUGCAUAGAAAGUGCACGGACUGUCUUGUUGCUGGUUUGAUCAUCAUGUCUGCCUCGCUAUCAUACAGUGCAUAUGUUUAUUCAUACAAAAGGAUCAAAGAAGCUACUGAAUCCUGCUCUCUUUUGCACAAGGAGUCCAAAUUCGGGUGGUCCGUCAAGCCUUUUUCAUCCUUUAAUUCCUGGCUACAGGUACUCAUGUGUCAAGUUCAAGUUGUGAGCCAAAUGGCAUUUGGCAUCCUAAUUAUCCUUGCAGUUGCUUUUUUGCUUGUUCAACGCUCCUCAUCUCAACACCGGACAAUGCCAGUCACUUUCAUUCUGCUGCUGUUGGGAGCUGUCUGUGGUUUUACUGGCAAACUUUGUGUUGAUACACUGGGAGGGAGUGGAUCGCUCUGGCUUCUGUACUGGGAAGCUUUAUGCGCGCUGCAGUUCUUCUCAAAUGUAUGUCCAUCGACUUUGUUCUGUCUGCUUCAUGGGCCCGUCACCGUCACGGCCAUCGCCCGAGGGACAAAACCUACCACAAUAUGUCCAUAUUGGCUCCGGCGAUCACUUUUCUACACUACUUCCCUCCUGCUUCUACCAUUGUGCUGUGGUCUCUUGCCAUUUGCUGGCCCUGGUGAAUGGGCAGAUCAUUUUUUAUCUGGUAAAACGGAUGAUUGAACCAAGAGUUAGAAGCCAAGGAAAGCUCCCCUACAUAUUCGCAACUGAUCAAGCUUCCGUCUUUCUGUAUGUAAUUUACCUGCACUGUAUGCCAAGCUGCCCAAGAGUUAUGUUUGUGCUGAAAAUAAAUAAGGUGGGCUGCUGUGUGAACUGACAUGUUACUUUAUCCACCAAUGUACCUCAAACAACCUGGAAAAUUUAGAACUGAUUACGAAAAUAAGAGCUACAAGGGCAUCCAGUCAUUUAUUAUAAA